GUGAGAGGAGAGGAGAGACGUGCUGCAGAAACCACAGACUGACGAGCUCCUCGUGUUUCUGCAAGACAGGAAGCGAGAGAAGCAACCAGACAGCAGCAGAGAAGACACGAGCGUCCCGCUGCUGCCGAUCGGGGACGGAGCAGGACACGCUUUCUGCACCCGCACCUGAUGCAACCGCGACAGGACCAGGAACCCAGAGGAACCUGAAAUGGGCACCGAGGAGAAAGAUUCAGAGGCCGCCGGUCUGGCUCCGGCGAAGGAGCAGGGAUCCUCAGAGAGGGACGGCGAGUCUCCUGUGGAGCCUCCUCAGGGUCAAACCCCCGAGAGCGCCGACCCCAUCGACACCUACAAGUGGCACACCGGCUCCAAGGGCGCCCUCAACGAGCUGAGAGAGGACGCCGGAGCCGCCGCGUCCUCCACGUCCACCCUGGAGAAGAUCCAGAAGGCCUCUGGGAACAAAUGGAGCAAGAUGCAAACCUGGCGCAAAGCGCUGAGCGAGGAGGGCAAUGGGAAAGGAGGAGGAGGAGGAGGAGGAGGAGGAGGAGGAGGAGGAGAAGGAGCCAAGCCUGAGAAGAGCUCUGGAGGAACCAGAAAGAACCCGUUCAGGAGAGCCCUGUCCGAACCCCCGGGGUCGCUCUUCUCAGCCCGGACGACGAGCUCCAGCUCGGCCCUGGCUGCCCCCGCUGCAGAGGCCUCGGGGGCCUCCCCCAGCGAGCCCUCGCCCAGAGGAGGAGGCGGAGGAGCGCUCUUCAAAAAGUACCUGAGGACGGUGUCCCAGAAGCUGAAGAGGCCCCGGCUGCAGAGUCGAGGAAGUGCGUCAGCGUUAUUACCAGUUUCAGCAGACGAUGUGGAGCCGACGGCGGCCGGUAUCACCGAGCUGCCCCGGCUGCAGUGGGCCCCCCCCCAGGAGGUCCCGCUCUGGGACAUCAGCCACUGUGUGCUGGAGGACGGACACAUCCUCAUCUCUCCAGAGGAGGAGCCAACUAUGUGGACCAGAAACCGUGUCAGCAGCUGCUUGUCCAACCUCAGUAUGCAAAACCUCGCCGAACUUGAAACAGAGUGCAGCCCCGACCCGGUGGGCCUGUCCAGCGGUUCCCGGCCCAAGAUCCAGGACGGCGGCGUGAGGGGAAUGAUCAAGAGACGUCUGGAGAACAAGGCCAAGCGGGGGAGCAACUCCCAGCCCAGCCUGAUGGGACUGAGCAAAGGAAGCAGACUGCACGGUUCCCGGGAGUCGGUGUCGAUCCCGGUCAGCGCCGUGGGGAGUCUAGACCUGAACGCAGACACCAGCACCGUCAUCCGGCCCGUCCACAGCUCCAUCCUCGGGGAGAAGUACUGCUUCGAGGUGAUCAACUCGGAGAACUCCCAGUGCUUCGGCUGCACCUCGGCCGCAGAGCGGGACCGAUGGAUCGAGGACCUACGACGAGCCGCACAGCCCAACAAGGACAACAUCGAGCGCACGGAGAACUCUCUGAGUCUGUGGGUCAACGAAGCCAAGGAUCUGCCCCCCAAACGCCGCUACUACUGCGAGGUGCACCUGGACGGGACGCUGUUCGCCCGGACCAGCAGCCGGGCCGUGGGCAAGCCGGCCAGCCGCUCCAGCAUGGACGGCUCGGCGGGCUCCUCGGGAGGCCCGGGCGCCGGCGGGGGCCUGGUCGGAGGGUGCCAACUCUUCUGGGGGGAACUUUUCGAGCUUGACAACCUGCCCAGCAUCUCCCAGAUCAGCCUGCACCUCUUCCGCGAGGAAGACAACAAGAAGAAGAGACACUCUCGAGACGAGUCCAUCCUGCACCCGCUGGGCAGCGUGGCCAUGCCGCUGUCUGACAUCCGGGGCAGGACCUACCAGGAGAAGUGGUAUCCCAUCACCCCCUACAAGGCGGCGGGCUCGUCCGGGACCAAGGAGCUGCUGGGCUCCCAGGCCUCGCUCCGGAUCAAGGCCCGCUUCCAGAACCUGCAGGUGCUGCCCAUGGAGAAGUACAAGGAGUUUGCAGAGUACGUGACGGUGGACUACGUGGAGAUGUGCCGGAACCUGGAGCCGCUGCUGAGCGUGAAGGAGAAGGAGGAGCUGGCGGGAGCUCUGGUCCACGUCCUGCAGAGCAUCGGCAAGGCCAAGGAAUUCCUCAUCGAUCUGGGCGGUGCAGAGGUGGAGCGUCUGGGAGAGAAGGAGGCGCUGAUCUUCAGAGAGAACACGCUGGCCACCAAAGCCAUCGAUGAGUACAUGAAGCUGGUGGGACAGAAGUACCUCAUCAACACGCUCGGAGACUUCAUCACCCGCCUCUACGCCUCCGGGGAGAACUGCGAGGUCGACCCCCGGAAAUGCCACGCCUCCGAGCUGUCGAGCAACCAGAGGCACCUGAGGGAGACCUGCGAGGAGGUGGUGCAGAAGAUCGUCCAGGCGGAGGGACCUUUUCCCGAGGAGCUGAACAAGAUCUUCUCCAGCUGGGUGGAGCUGUGUGAGGACCAGGGCAGGGCGGAGAUCGGCCAGCGGCUCAUCUCCGCUUCGCUCUUCCUUCGGUUCCUGUGCCCCGCCGUCCUCAGUCCGUCCCUGUUCGGCCUGACGCAGCCGUACCCCGAACCCGCCACCCUGCGGACCCUCACCCUGACGGCCAAGGUCAUCCAGAACCUGGCCAACUUCACCCUGUUCGGGGAGAAGGAGGAGUACAUGCUGUUCAUGAACGACUUCCUGGAGCAGCACUGGGAGGGGAUGAGGGGCUUCCUGAAAAGAGUGUCCAGCCAGGACACCGAGGCCACCAUGACCUCCUUCGACGGCUACGUGGAUCUGCCUCUGCGCCUGGCUGUGCUGCACGGCCUGCUGGUGGAUAUCAUCCACCCCAAGGAUCAGGAGACGAUCGACCGGCUGUACCCUCUGCCUUCCAUCCUGAACCAGAUUACCGAGUCUCUGGGCCCAGACGCCCCCCGGAUUACCAUCAGCAGCGAAAUGGGACAAAACAAGCCUGCGUACGUUCUUCCUAAAGACCUGGGAAAGUACAGCCCACACCAGUCUCCGCUCCAGCAGCUUCCUGUCGACUCCAAAGGCCUUCGAGACGGGGAAGUGCGGCAUCGGAGGAGCCUGAGGGACAGGAAGCCGGUGAAGAGGACCCAGAGCGCUCCACACAGGCACCCCGGACACCCCAAGCACACCCUGAAGAGGCAGACCAGCUCCGAAGCUCUGCCCACGUCCGAGCAGGAGGCGGACCCCAACCAGCCGCUCAUCUCCUCACCCAACACCAGAGCCAGUGUCAAACCGCCGCCUGCACCGGUGCCCUGGAUUAAAGUGAUCCACAACAGGGACUCCAGCGAGAUGAAGCCUGAGAACGAACCGUUCAGCCUGCUGGACCAACACGCCCAGGAGCUGUCGGAGCUCCGCCUGGGCAUCGAACAGGUGACCGAGCGCGAGCUGGACAUGGCCAAACGCCUGGAGGACUUCAUCAUCCAGAGCCAGGACCAGAAUGCAUCACUGCAGGCCGAGGUGCACGAGCUGAGGAGCCUGCUGGCCGUGCGAGAGGAGCAACUCGCCAGCGCCACCUUCAGGCUGGGUGUGAUCGAGGAGGAGCGGGAGGAGGACGAGAGGAAGCUGGGCGUCGCCAUCGCUGCCGCCGAGAGGAUGAACGUGCUGGAGGAGCAGUUCGCCGGCCUGCUGAAGGAUCUCCACCAGCUGAGCGACGGCGGCGGCGCCGGCCAGAACAACGUGCAGCAUCCCGACAAGCUGCAAGUCAACAGCAACUGAGCGCCCAUCGCCGCCGCCGCCGCCCGUUCGGCCCCGUUCACUCAUUCCCAGGAGGAAACGGAAAACGCCAGUUUCCAUGACAACGGUGCCUCUGAAAACACAAGUUUUUGAAAAUGGCUUCCAAGGUGGAACUUUGUGAAAACGCUCCGUUACAAUUUUUUACUGUUUAUUUGCCGUUUCGGUGGAAACGGACGUCGUUUCUAAAACGUUGGUGUAAAUGAGACUCCAGUCGCAGCGUUUUGUAUAAAUGCACAUACAGAGCCUUCAUGUCACAGUCACAGCCUCCUGUUUCCAAAUGGGUGAACGAUGUGGCUGAAGGUCACUCCAGGUGUUUUUAAAUUUCAGACAAAUAAAAUCUGCUGUGGUUCACUCGUCUUCAUUUCAUGCUUUGCUUUGGAUGUUCUGUCCAUGAAUCGCUGUGGGAAAGUUUCAGGCUCUGAGUUCUUCACACAUGGAAAUCUCAAUGAUGAACGCUGCAUAAAGCCAAGGCCCAUGAGCCAUUAAUAAAUAAAUAAAUAUUA